AUGGCAGGAAAAAUCGAUGUCAACAAUAAGGUCUAUAAGCUCGCCGCUAUGCCCUUCAUUUUGGAACGCAAAGGCGACUACGAUGAAGCGAUCACAGUCUACAAGAACGCCAUAACUAUUUUAGAUGAAGCAACCAAAAUAUACAAGAAAGGAAAUGUUCUCAAAAUCAACAGAAAAAUGUUCGAGCGACAGGUCCAAGUUCACCGAGAACGCCUCGCCUAUCUUGAAGACCUAAAACGCAAGGGCAGUUUCGAUGGUAUAAUAUUGCCUCCGACGAUUUUGGAUGCGAUGGAGGAGGUGGAACACGAGGACGGAAAGACUUGGUCGUUGACCCAGAUCCGCAAGGAUCUUAAUACCUUCCGCGGAGAUGACCCCAGUCAAUCUAAGGAUAUCAGCUCAGCUCCAGCCCACCUCCAACCAUUCCUCAAUACCGACACCUCGCAACGCCCCUUCUUCUCGCUGAUCCUUUCUCCCUCCGCGCCCACGGUCACUUAUCGGAUUACGCAUUCCUCAGAGCUUGUCAACCUAGGUAUGCGCUCAUAUUGGUUUUUCGUCAAAGAUUCGACCAACACACAUGUCUUGUACGCCCUCCAAUUCGUCUGGAGUAACGAAGCACCCAUCGUCGAGACGGUCCUUCGACGCGCCGGGGAAUUCUUACCCCAAAUCGGGGCGACGAGUGUGAGACUGCAGAAGAUGAAAGGAGGCACUUUCCGGAUGAUCACGCGGACAAUCCCCGACAUGGGCGCAAUAACCGAGAUUCCGGAUGGAGAGAUGCAGAGAAAGGAUUGGUCGCCGCGACGAUUUGAGUACGGAGGACGCAAUUUCGUUUGGAAGAGUGCAGCGGCAGAGGGUAAGAAAGAGGGUGGGAUGCUUGGGAGCUGGGGCAUCGCGUGGGAGACUUUGUAUGAGACUAAGCGUGUAUGGCCUAAAAGUGGAAGUAGGACUGGGAAGAUGGAAGAUGAAAUUGUUGGUCCCAGGCUGUGCUGGGGAGAGAAGAAGGGGGGAAACGGUGCGGAUCACAGCAUUCACAUGGUCGGUGGCUUGGAUCUGUAUUUCAGAGAGCAUUUGCUCGCGGUCCAGUUGUCGAGGUUGGCUCGCGCCAGCUAUCCCCCGCAAAAGGAUACCAAGGGCAUCGAAGUAGCAACAGCCGGUCUGGGUUGGCUUUCGAUUGCUACGUCUUUGGCAUGA